GUGCUGACGUGGUGACUAUGUAGUGGUCACCUGACCAUACUGAUAAUAUGCAACUGGAGGUAACAAUCCAUUUGCUUGCGGUGGGGGGAAUUACCGUUGAAGAAGGAGUUCACAUAAAACCACUGUUUAUAUAUAUUGACAGUUAUAAUUUGUUUCUGUGCCAUAUGGAACUAGAAGAAGAAGAAGAAGAACCAAAGCCAAAAUCUUAUAUUAUGUGUACGUUUAUACUUUUAGUUCAUGGGUAUGGUUUACUCUUUUCAUUCAUUGGUUUUUAGUACCAACAAACAGCAUUUGCAUGUACCCAUUUCUAAAGCAAGUUCAAGGUCCUCACAGAACUUCGCUCUCCUAUUACUCUAACCUCAUAGACCACUGCUUGUCCCUAAAGUCUUUAACUUUUGCCAAAACCAUUCAUGCCCAGUUGAUAAAAGUCGGGUUUGAUAGCCAUACUUUUCUGGGUAAUCGCUGUCUUGACUUAUACUCUCAGUAUGGCACAGUCAAUGAUGCCUUGAAAGUGUUUGAUGGUAUUGCUGACAAGAAUUGUAUAUCUUGGAAUAUUUGUCUGAAGGGUUUGUUUAGAUAUGGCCACGUUGAAAGGGCAGGUUGUUUGUUUGAUGAAAUGCCUGUGAGAGACGUUGUUAGCUGGAACACCAUGAUUUCGGGUUAUGUUUCGCGCGGGUUUGUUGAUUAUGCGUUGGGAAUUUUUAUGGAGAUGCAAAAUGCUGGUGUAAGGCCAAGUGGGUUCACGUUGUCGAUUUUAAUGUUGCUUGUGUCGUGUGCUCAUCAUGGUAAGCAGAUCCAUGGUUGCAUAGUUCGUAGUGGUCUGAAUUUAUCGAAUGUGGUGCUUGGGAAUUCAUUAAUUGAUAUGUAUGGGAAGCUUGGACUUCUUGAUUAUGCUUUUGGUGUGUUUUUUACCAUGGAGGAGUUGGAUUUAAUCUCUUGGAACACUUUGAUUUUGAGUUGUCAUAGGUCUGGGUACAGAGAAUUGGCACUAGACCAGUUCUGUUUGAUGAGAACCACAGGGCAUUCGCCUGAUCAGUUUACUAUGUCGACAGUCAUUAGUGUCUGUUCGAAGUUGCAAAAUUUGGAAAAGGGUAAGCAAAUUUUCGCUCUCUGCGUCAAGAUGGGAUUUAUUUCUAAUAGCGUUGUAUUAAGUGCUGUUAUUGAUCUGUUUUCUAAAUGCAACAGAUUGGAGGAUUUAAUCCAGCCCUUUAAAGAGCUAGAUCAAUGGGAUUCAGCCCUUAGCAAUUCCAUAAUUUCAAGUUAUGCAGCACAUGGUUUUGUGGAGGAUGCCAUGCAACUCUUUGUGCUGACAAUGAGGGAGAACCUCAGGCCAACUGAGUUCACACUAAGCAGUGUUCUAAGUACUGUUUCCACUUUGUUCCCAACAGAGCAGGGGUGUCAAAUUCAUGCUUUGGUUGUUAAAUUGGGUUUCGAGCCAGAUGCAGUUGUUGCUAAUUCACUUGUGGAAAACUAUUCUAAGGUUGGCUUGAUUGAUUAUGCUAUGAAAAUUUUUACCAAUAUGGGCGUACGAGACCUGAUAUCUUGGAACACUAUGAUUUUGGGUUUGACUAACAAUGGUAGAGUGUAUGAGGCACUAGACAUUUUCAAGGAACUAGUUCAGGGAGGUCCUAAACCAGAUCGAACAACUCUGGCUGGAGUGCUUAUGGCUUGCAAUUAUGGGAGUUUUAUUGAUGAAGGAAUGAUUAUUUUUUCUUCAAUGGAGAAGGAAUAUGGAGUUGUACCUGGGGAUGAGCAUUAUGCUUGCAUAGUGGAGUUAUUGAGUCGAGCUGGUAAAAUUAAAGAAGCAAUAGAUGUUAUAGAUGCAAUGCCUUAUGAACCUAGUUUUGUCAUAUGGAGAUCAAUUCUUCACACUAGCGUGAUUCAUGGAGACUUGAAACUCACUGAAAGAGUUGCAGAGAGGAUGAUGGAGUUGGAACCACAGUCAUCUCUACCUUACUUGGUAUUGUCUCUGGCAUAUGAGAUGAGGGGCAGAUGGGAGAGUAUAGUUCGAGUAAGAAAUUCCAUGGAACAUAAACUUGUCAAGAAGGUCACUGGCUGCAGUUGGAUUGGGAUAAAAAACCACAUAUAUAUGUUUAAGGCAGACCAAGUAGUGCAUCAUGGAGGAUACAAAGAAGUUGCGAGCGAGUCUAUGCCUUGAAUGAAUAGUAACAACAGUAGUCAGAAAAGGAAUGAAGAGACGGAUGGAUUUAUUGUUGAAACUUGAAAGAGUCAAUUCACUUCAAGGUGGGGCACUAAAUUUUCGGACCGAUGCCUAGGUCAAUCUUCUAAACAUCAUUGAAAUCCCUUCUUGUGGAUUAUUAACCGAAGAUCCAUAAAAUGUUCCAAGUUCUGGGCUCCUUGUCUUUAAAUGAUUUGAUACUUUUUGUAUGGAUCCAGCUGAUUCUGGCCUUCAUAGUAGGCCAUAAAUCAUUCUUAAAUACAAGAAAUCUCACAACAAAUGAGGUACUUACAUUUGAAUUUACUGCAUAUGGUAUCUUCCAUUUAAUUUUCUUGUUCUAUCAGAUGACAGCUUUAGGUUGAUGGAUACUUUCUACUGAAGCCCCUAAUUCAUUUAUGCUAUGCAUGAUAAGAGUAUUCUCAAGGAAAAUAUCAAGUGUUCUACUUCAAACAAUAAACAUGUAAAACCAAUUUACCACAGAUUUUGUUAUUAGUCUGGUGGGUAUGAACCAUUCUAGUAAUUGCUAUUGAUGUGAAGAUUCGGUAUCUUAUAAAUCUGUUAAACUCCGGUCAUGAUAAGUUGUCUAUGGAAUUUGUAGCUUUGUCUUUCAUGUUGCAGUUUGUCUUACCCCCAAAAAAAAGGAACAAACAAUAUGGGUUAGUGCUUCAUUAGCUAUCGCCUAAUUUUCCUGUAUUAUACUUGUCAUUUGUUGUUAUAGAUUUUUAAGCUUUCAUUUUUUUCAUAAUCUCUCCCAUUUGGGUCUUGCCAUAAAAGUUUUUGUCACCAUUACCAAUAAGAUUAUCUGAUAUUCUGAAUUUUAGCAAAUGACAUAAUAUGAUAUUCAAUCUCACAAAUAUUCUUUGUACAAAUGAUCUAGUAUCAUAAAUUAGAGUUUUUGUCCCUCAUUGUUUGAUGUGGUGCAUUUGGCAGGAGUGGAAUAACUGGCAUUUUGAGGACUUGGAGAAAACAGUUUCAGAUUUCAAACUUUUCUUCUUCAAGACUAUUCUAGAUUGGGCUGCAAUGUUAGGAUGUCAUUCUUUCAUUUCUGUUCAUGAUUUAUUUUAUGUUCAUGGGUUUUUGGACUUUUGUUCUUUAUGCUCUUGAUUUGUACUUUGUCCCUGAUGUAUACUUCCUGUAAA